UAUAAACUAACACUAGUGUGUAUUUUAUUUUGUAAGACUUCAGUAUAAAAAAAUUGUUUUUAGAUAAGUUAAAAAAUGAUUAAUAAUUAUUUUAAUUCGUUGAACAUGACAAGUUUUUUAUCUGUUAUUUCUAUAUCAGCCCAAAUAUGUUUGAAUACAAAUGCUAAUCCAAAAAUACAACCACCUGAUUAUGAUACCAUAUUUGACGAUUCGUUUUUACAAGUUGUAAGUAGUAUUAAUAAUGAUAUCAAAUCAUUAGUCUGUGGAAAAAAUAAGAAAUAUAUUAAUCAUUCGCUUUUAACUUAUGAUGACAUAAUGUUAUUAUCAAAAUCUUUUAAAGAUGAUUAUGAGUGUAGACAAAAAAAAGAGUCAAGCUUAAAUAAAUUAAAAAAAGAAUUAGAGUCUUUAGAGUGUUUUCACACAUUUUUAUGUUUUCAAAUUUUAGAAGGAUUAAAAAAUGAUGUUAGGAUAAAAGAUUUAAAUCCAAAUCAUACUUUCAAAAUAAAUUAUCAACAUGUAGGUUACUACAUAGUUAGAAUGAUUUCAUUUUUUAUUUAUGGAAAAUUUGUUGUUAAUCCUUGGCAAUAUGAUUUUGCAAUGAAUAUUUUUAAUGUAACAAAACUUCAACAACAAAAAAAGGAUACAUUGGAUAUCAGUUUAAAUUAUUUAGAUGAUUCUAAAUUACUAUAUUCAAUGAAUAAAUUUUGUGAUAAUUGUAAAAACAAUAAUGAAUAUAUAAAAUCAAUGAUUUCAUUCACAUUUAAUACUUACAAACGAGAAAGUAGACAUUUUUUAAAUCAAGAAAAUUUAAAAAAAUAUGUGAAGAAAAUAUAUUCAAUGAUUAAUAUUUCUUGCGUAAUAGAAAUGACAAAUAUUUCGCAUGAUUUUAUUUACCAAGCAGUUAACAAAGAGGAAGUAGCUAUGAAUGAAGAAUAUGAAAAUAAGAAAAAUUAUUUUCUACAAAGUUUAAAAAUAAGUAGAUCUGAUAUUGAAACACUGGAGAGAAAUUCAAUAUAUUACAAUAAUAAUGAUUGGUUUCAAAAAGAACGUAUGAAACGUCUAUCAGCAUCUCAUUUUCACCGUGCGUGUAAAUUUAAACAAACAUCAUGCAAAGAAGCAAUUUUGAAAGAUGUGAUGCGCAUUCCGUCUGAAAAAUCUGAAGUCACUGUAACUGAAGAUAAUAUUUCGACUACUGCUAAAUAUGGCAAAAAUAGUGAGAAUAAUGCAAAAGAAAUGUUUGAAAGGAUAAUGGGCGUUGAGAUUCAAAAAUGUGGUGUAUUUAUUGAUGAACACUUAUACUUUUUAACAGCUCAACCAGAUGGAUUAAUCGGAAAAGAUGGUAUUGUUGAAAUAAAAUGUCCUUAUAACGCCAAAGAAAUACCUCCCGAAGAUGCUAUUAAAAAUAAUAUGAUAAAAUUUGUGUAUUACAACGAAAAUGAAGAUCUUAUACUAAAACGUACAUCUAAUAUUUUUUAUCAAAUUCAAGGAGAAUUGCAUAUUACAAAGAGGCAAUAUUGCUUUUUAAUUAUUUGGACAUCAAAAGGUAUAGUCUAUUGUAGAAUUGAUCGAGAUGACAAUUUUUGGGACGAUAAUAUGGAAAAAAGACUUAUUGACUUUUACGAAAACAUUAUGUUACCCGAAAUAAUAAAUCAUCAAUUAUUUGAAAAUCUGAAUAUUGCAGACAUUGAAAAUUAAAUCUAAAAUAUAAUGAAUUAUUAUACAUUCAUAUUUUAAUAAUAUUAAAAAAUGGACAAAUAAUAUUUAAAAAUAUGUUUAACUUAAAUAUAUAAACAACUAAAGUGCAUAAUUUUUAUUUUCAAGUA